GCUGCCAACGCAGAGAGAUCCCGGACCACCCUACAGGAGCAGCUAAAGAAAAACAAACGUUUCCGAAGGUGCGUGCAGCUUCAGGAAGGCCGCCCUGAGUUUGAGGGCCUUCAGCUCCAGGACUUGCUCCCUCUGCCUCUGCAGCGGCUCCAGCAGUAUGAGAAUCUCGUUGUUGCUUUGGCUGAAAACACAGGUCCUAACAGCCCUGACUACCAACAGCUCACACGGGCUGCUCGGCUGAUAAGUGACACUGCCCAGAGAGUCCAUACCAUUGGCCAGAAACAAAAGAAUGACCAGCACCUCCAGCGUGUUCAGGCUCUACUCAGUGGACGCUGGGCAAAGGGGCUUACCUCAGGUCGCUGGUUCUUACGCCAGGGCUGGCUGUUGGUGGUGCCUCCCACUGGGGAGCCUCGGCCCCGAAUGUUCUUCCUCUUCUCUGAUGUGCUCGUUAUGGCCAAGCCUCGACCCCCAUUGCACCUGCUGAAGAGUGGCACCUUUGCCUGCAGGGCCCUCUACCCCAUGGCCCAGUGUCAACUCCACAAGGUCUUUGGCCACUCAGGAGGCCCUUGUGGUGGACUGCUCAGUCUGUCCUUCCCUCAGGAGAAGCUACUGCUUAUGUCCACAGACCAGGAAGAGCUAUCACGUUGGUACCACAGUCUGACUUUGGCUAUCAGGUAAGUUAUGUCUUCCCUCAGGCAGACUGCUGUAAUGAAGUCCAUGAGCUGGAGCUAAGGUCUGUUUCUAGCUCAUUCCUGCGUCUCUCUGGGACCCCCUCCUCAACCCCUCAGGUGAUAGUGUCUGCAGAGAGCACUCCUGCUAAUGCUUGAACUGUCUUCUCUCCAUAGCAGCCAGAACUAGAAGAAUCUUACAAAUUCCAGAACUCCCCAUACUCAAAGGUCAGAGCCAGGAACACAAAGGAAUCUUCUUCAGCACUAAACAAAGCACAGAAUCCUUUAUGGUUUGAUGAGGGUUAUUUUGUGUUUGCUAAGCUACUCUUGGGACAUUUGACCAGCUCUCAAGAACCAGGAACCCAGCUCCAACACAA